ACCUCGGGCUCCCCCGCAUCCCUGUGUGUUCCCCGGCGCUGCCUGCGGAGGAUGGCCUCGGCUCUGUACGCCUGCACCAAGUGUAACCAGCGGUACCCUUUCGAGGAGCUCUCCCAGGGACAGCAAUUAUGCAAGGAGUGCCGAAUCGCUCACCCCAUAGUCAAGUGCACAUAUUGUAGAUCGGAGUUCCAGCAAGAGAGUAAAACCAACACGAUCUGCAAGAAAUGUGCCCAGAACGUCAAGCAGUUUGGGACGCCUAAGCCUUGUCAAUACUGUAACAUCAUAGCGGCUUUUAUUGGCACAAAGUGUCAGCGCUGCACCAACUCAGAGAAGAAAUACGGCCCCCCUCAGACGUGCGAGCAGUGCAAGCAGCAGUGUGCGUUCGAUCGGAAAGAGGAGGGAAGGAGAAAGGUCGACGGCAAGUUGCUGUGUUGGCUUUGUACUCUGUCUUACAAGAGAGUGCUGCAGAAAACUAAAGAACAACGGAAAAGCUUGGGUUCUUCCCAUUCCAACUCGUCGUCUCUCGAGAAAGAGCAGCAUCAUUCGAAACACCAUCACCACCAUCAUCACCACCACCACAGACACGGCAGCAGCCACCACAAAAUAAGUAGCCUGAGUCCUGAACCAGAUCAGGGAAUUUGGAAACAAAGUCAUAAGUCAACUACCGCAAUUCAGAAUGAAACUCCAAAGAAAAAGCCCAAACUGGAAUCCAAGCCAUCGAAUGGAGACAGUAGCUCCAUCAAUCAGUCGGCAGACAGCGGCGGCACCGACAACUUCGUCCUCAUCAGCCAGCUGAAGGAGGAGGUGAUGUCGCUGAAGCGUCUUCUGCAGCAAAGAGAUCAAACCAUUUUGGAGAAAGAUAAAAAGCUGACAGAACUGAAAGCGGAUUUCCAGUACCAAGAAUCUAAUCUGAGGACAAAGAUGAACGGCAUGGAAAAAGCUCACAAAGAUGCUGUUGAACAAUUGCAGGGGAAGAACCGCGAGUUGCUGAAGCAGGUUGCCGCUUUAUCCAAGGGUAAAAAGUUUGAUAAAAGUGGCAGCAUACUGACCUCUCCUUGAUGGAGUGUUUUUAAUAGGAGGAUACAGUGUAAUUCUGUGAAGCCCUUAAAAAUACUCGGUAUGAAGGGAACAUAUUGUAUCCUUAGUACAUUUUUUUUAUUUCUGUUUUAUUUUUUUUAAAUAUAUAUAGUUUGUACCGGACUCUUUAACCACAUUAAACUGCUUUUAAACUACUCGGACAAAACCAACUUCAACUGGCUUGAAGACCUUUUUAUUUCACGGAGGAAAUGGAAUCACUACAACAGUGUUCAUUUUUCUAAAAAAAGAAAAAAUGAAGGCAAUAAAAAAAAAAAAAGCAAACUUAGGGCAAAUUCAGCGACAGGUGUUCGCAUUUUUAACGGGCGCCGAACAGCUAGUGCGGCAAAUUUAGCUUUGAUCGGGUAGGUAUUUUAGACCUUAAUAUAUUUUUAUUACAACAUGGCAGGAUUAACUAUAUGGUGCUUAAUGUUAAUGCUGUUGAAACCCAGACUCUGUCCACAUCCAGUAUGUUGCGGCUCUCUUCAGCAUUUAAGGGGGUUAAAAAAAAAAAAACAACAAACUGUAAUUAGAUCUAAUAAGUCGUUUGUAACUUUUUACUUUAUGAAUGAAAAUCCUCACGUAAUUGUAUAAUGUGUGCAGGGAAAGUUGUGCUUUUGUAAUAUCUGUUGAUUUUUACUUGCAAGUGCCUUUGGUUUAAUAUUAAUUUAUAAAUGUGUCGGGGUGGGAUUGUGUACAUACGGUUUGUUUCCUGUGUAUUAAAACCGCAUAUUUUUUUUUUUUUCUUCUCUACAUCAUAUGUACAGGUAGAGCAGAUUUGGAAAUUCCCAAUGAGUUUUCUGUUAUACAUCCUGCAUGUUUCUGGGCUGCCAAGCUUUAGCUUAGUAAUGUGCAGAACACGUUGGGGCCGACUGAUGUAACUUGGGUCGUUCUGGGUCUGAGUAAUAGACCUCUGUGAUGAAGAUGUUGCUUAAUGGCAGGAAUCGUUUGCGUCGUAGCGUAGGUUCAAUGUGUGGCCACAUCAUGUUACAUUUAUAAAGGCUUUACAGCAUGAGCAAGUAUGGGUUAAUUAUGUUUUGUGAGCAAGCUGUGAUCUGUUUGUAUUCCUUUCUAAAUUUAGUCUAAUUGUGGGGAAUUUUAAAUGACUUCACCUACAAAUAG